CAAAAAAGGAAACAAUUUGCUGCCUUUGACCACAACAAGAGUCCUGUUAAAAUAAAGAAGUUUAAAAUUGACACGACAUCAAAUGCCAAAGAUGUCCCAGUGGGAGAUGAUGUAUCUGUUGAAGAUUGUCCCAAUAUCAACUUUCAGAAAUCAGAGUUGGCUUCAACAAUGAAUAUUGCAGUGGCAAAAACUGUUUGUGUAGGUCAACAUGUUACAGUAAAGGCUAAAGUAGCUAACCUUACCGAAGUAAAGAAAGACAACUCUGGCAGGUUCAACAGGGUACAUGCAGUACUUGUAGACCCAUCAAGUUCUAUAAAACUGAUUCUUUGGGAAAGUUUUGUGAACAGUGUGGUAGCUGGAAGUGCUUAUUUAUUCCAUAAUCUAAUUGUUCGUAAAGACAAGUUCAAUGAUGAAAUAUAUCUCAAUACAACAAAGUCUGGAACAGCAGUAAAUAUGACAGAUGACUUCAAAGAGAUGCUUGCAGUUGCUCCACAAGCACCAGCAGAGUAUCUUACCACAACUGCAACUGGAGAAAUUGUCGGAGUAGAAACUGUAACAAAAUACAUGUCCUGUUACAGGUGCAACAAAAAAAUUCGACCAACGACAUCACUUAUCACAGAAUGCCAAAACUGUCAUCUAAAACAAAAAGUAGCAUCCACUAAAAUGCAUUGAUAUGCCACUGUAUUGUUUAAGAAUGAUAAUAACGAAGACUUCCUUCUUACAGUCUUCAAUACAACCAUUGCAGAAAUCAGUUCUUUUAAAAAAGAAAUUACUAAGCUCACCAAGGAUGACAUAACAACAAAUUUCCUUUCCCUACCAUCUGUGAUCACAGUUACCUUCAACAAGACCAAGAUUAUAACAAAAAUUGUAACGAAGUAACUGACAAAACAUGACAUGGAGAUCUGCCUUUUAAAACUGCUUGCCACUGAAAGAAAAAAGGUUUAUUUUCACUGACACUAACAUUUUAAGUUGUGUUGCCACAUGGAUUACAGUUCGCUAUAAAAAUAUUUUUUUUCUAGUUAUAGCCUGGAAAUUGUAAUUACCCACUUGAGUUGAACGUUUACUUCAGUGAUGUUAGGUUUCAGUUACUGUUAUUUAAAAGUACCUAGUAGUUAUAACAGAUACAAAAACUACCAACUUUCAAAACACUCAGUGAGAUAUCUCCUUCAAUUAAAUUUAACUUUAUCAUAGCAUAAGCAAUACCAUAAAUUUAUUAACGUAACAUUCAAAGAAUUAUGUGCUGUUUAUGGGCUUAACAAUAAUUUAUUAUUUUAACUGUUUAUAUUGUCAGCUACCAAAUGUUGUUGUUCACCCAACAGUUGUUUUUAAAGCCCUUAUAUUGUUAACUGCCUGUUACAGUUGUUUCUAUUGUGAAGUAUAGAGUCAAUAAAGUACAUGGUUUAAUA